AGUAGAGAAAGGCCUGUUUUAUUGUCACCGCAGACUAGCGGAACGAAAUUGACCGGCAGUCGCUCCUCUUUCCCCCUUCCACUCCUCACCAUUCAUAUUUGUUGAGCAUGACGUCUGUGUCGCUUCGCGAACAUGUCGUGCUUUUCGACACGCAUCUGCUGCAGCUCACCGUGGCCAACCUCCUCGGCGGUUUUUUCCCUGUUCACACGCUCGUUGUCUCGCUUGCCUCCACCACCGUCUGCGGGGCUCUCGCCUUUGGCACCCGCGCCUCCGCCUCGCCGUCGCCGUUGCUCUUCUCGAGCUUUUCUUCCUUCGCCGCGAUCUGCAUCACUGCGUUGAUGGUUGCUACGCUACUGUAUCGACUCACGGGUGGCCGCUUUGUGUGCACGGCGCGCUCCACCGGAGAUGUGGUGGACUGGCUCGUCGAUGCCACCUCCCGCCCUCUUGCGGAGGACACCGCAACGAUGCUGCUUGCACCGGACAGGCGUCGCGCGCGCGGCUGCUUUUUCAUUGGUCUGUGUCUGCUGGCGGAGGUAGGGAAGGUCGUGUCUUUCUGGUCCAUCUGCACGCUGCUGUCUUUGGUGUGGUUUGGCUGGAGCGUGCGACACCUUUGGAUUCAGCGUCGUGAGAAAGAAAACUGA